AUGAAAAUUUCCGAUAAGCGUAAGUUUGAAAAAGUAAACUUUGAGGAGUUUGAGUCGGCUCUCAAUAACAAAAACGACUUGGUACAUUGUCACUCAAUAACUUUAUUUGAAUCGAUCCGCACGGAAGUGCGAUCAUUCUACGAAGACGAAAAGUCUAGUCUAAUCAAGGUGGUAAAAUACAGAACUGAUGCAAUGGAUAGGAAAAGAUCUUUUGAAAAAAUUGUCAUUGCCGUCAUGGUCAAGAAAAAUGUACAAAAGUUUCUGACGUUUGUUGAAGACGAACCAGAUUUCCAGAGCGGACCAAUCCCUUCAAAGUAUCUCAUUCCCAAGAAAAUCAACUUGAUGGUCUACACGUUGUUUCAAGUACAUACUUUGAAAUUUAAUAGGAAAGAUUACGAUACCCUUUCUCUUUUUUACCUCAACAGAGGAUACUAUAGUGAGUUGAGUUUUCGUGUCCUGGAACGUUGUUACGAAACUGCGAGUUCCAGGCCGAACGACAGCUCUACGAUGCGUACUUUCACCAACUUUGUUUCUGGCGCGCCUAUUGUAAGGAGUCUUCAGAAAAGCACCAUAAGGAAAUAUGGAUACAAUUUGGCACCCUACAUGUUUUUGUUACUACACGUAGAUGAGCUUUCGAUUUUUUCCGCAUAUCAAGCAAGUUUACCUGGCGGUAAGAAAGUCGACACAGGGCGGCUGAAGCGUGAUCUAUGCCCACGUAAACCCACUGAGAUAAAGUACUUUUCACAGAUAUGUAACGAUAUGAUGAACAAGAAAGACGGAUUGGGUGAUAUUUUGCAUAUUAUCUUGCGAGCGUGUGCGCUUAAUUUUGGGGCGGGUCCCCGUGGUGGCGCUGGUGACGAAGAGGAAGAGGAUCGAUCUAUUGCGAAUGAACAAUCCAUUAUUCCCUCUGUGGACGAGCAUGGCUUAAAAGUAUGUAAGUUGCGCAGUCCGAACACUCCACGAAGACUCAGAAAAACAUUAGAUGCCGUGAAAGCUUUAUUGGUGUCCUCUUGUGCUUGCACCGCAAAGGAUUUAGAUAUAUUUGAUGACAACAACGGCGUUGCGAUGUGGAAAUGGAUCAAAAUUCUGUACCACGAAGUAGCACAGGAAACCGCGCAGAAGGACUCUUAUAGAAUAACUUUGGUACCUUCUUCUGAUGGUAUAUCAGUAUGUGGAAAACUGUUUAAUCGCGAGUAUGUCCGCGGCUUUUACUUUGCAUGCAAGGCUCAGUUUGACAGCCUUUGGGACGAAUUGAACAAGUGCUUUUAUAUGCCUACAGUGGUUGAUAUUGCCAGUCUCAUUUUGCGUAAUCGAGACGUUUUGUUCAGAGAGCCAAAGCGGGGAAUUGACGAGUAUCUGGAAAACGAUUCUUUUCUUCAAAUGAUACCUGUUAAAUAUCGUGAAAUUGUGCUGCCAAAGUUGAGAAGAGAUGCUAACAAAAUGACCGCGGCUCUGAAAAAUAAAGUGGCUGUUGCAAUUGACGAGCUCACGGUGCCACUUAUGUGGAUGAUCCAUUUUGCCGUGGGAUACCCUUACCGUUAUCCAGAGCUUCAGCUACUCGCUUUUGCCGGUCCUCAGCGCAACGUAUACGUCGACGAUACAACAAGACGCAUCCAACUGUACACUGAUUAUAACAAGAACGGUUCAUCGGAGCCUCGACUAAAGACACUUGACGGACUCACUUCAGAUUACUUGUUUUAUUUUGUCACUGUGCUAAGGCAAAUGCAAAUAUGUGCGCUUGGUAACAGUUAUGACGCCUUUAAACAUGAUCCUUGGAUGGAUGUCGUGGGAUUUGAGGAUCCAGAUCAAGUAACAAAUCGAGAUACUUCGAGGAUAGUUUUGUAUUCCUACUUGUUUCUGAAUACCGCGAAGGGCUGUCUCGUUGAAUAUGCAACUUUUCGGCAGUACAUGAUGGAACUUCCGAAGAAUGCACCUCAGAAGCUGAAUUUUCGGGAGAUGCGUCAGGGGUUGAUUGCCCUAGGGCGCCACUGCGUAGGUAGCAGAUUUGAAACGGAUUUGUACGAGUCGGCGACGAAUGAACUCAUGGCCAAUCAUUCCGUUCAAACAGGGCGAAAGAUCUACGGUGUGGAUUCCUUUUCGUUAACCAGUGUCAGUGGAACGACCGCCACUUUAUUGCAGGAACGAGCUUCUGAGCGCUGGAUUCAAUGGUUAGGCCUUGAAAGCGACUACCAUUGUUCCUCCAGUACUGCGAAUGCGGGAGACGUAGCAGGUGAGGCGAGUUCAGAUCAUCGAAAAAUUUUGAGAGUAACGCGAAAAAGGCCCCGAGAGCCCAAGAGCACAAACGAUAUCCUCGUCGCAGGCCAGAAACUCUUUGGCAGCUCCUUUGAAUUCAGGGACUUGCAUCAGUCGCGCUUAUGUUAUGAAAUAUACAUGGCGGACACACCCUCUGUGGCAGUACAGGCCUCCCCGGGCUAUGGUAAGACGGAGUUAUUUCAUCUCCCCUUAAUAGCACUGGCGUCUAAGGGCGACGUGAAAUAUGUGUCGUUUCUGUUUGUACCAUACACAGUGUUGCUUGCUAAUUGCAUGAUCAGGUUGAGCCGAGGCGGUUGCUUGAAUGUGGCCCCUGUCAGAAACUUUAUUGAAGAAGGUUACUAUGGCGUUACUGAUUUAUACGUGGGGAUCUACGAUGACCUUGCUAGCGCUAAGUUCACAGACAGGAUAGCUGCGUGGGAUAAUAUUGUUGAGUGCACCUUUAGGACCAACAAUGUAAGUUGGGUUACCUCAUUGUAG